AUGAAGAAAGCUUUGGUUCAGGAAUCAAAUGAACAGUCUGUCUCAAUCAAGCUGAAUGAAGGUUCAGAAUCACAUAGCCAAGAAGAUGCAACAAAUAGAUCUUACAUUAAAAAAGUCAGAGAUGCUCGACUUUGCGAUGUCAAUGAAGUAUCUGAGUCAAGAGAGCCUUUUGAUGUCAGACCAAAAGAAGAGAUCGGAACAACCGAACAUGACAUAACAUCUAUAGGAGAACAAUCGCAAGACAUAUCGAUAGUCUCUACUGACGAAGAGCUGCUUAUUUCUCUGGAUUCUGAUAACCAUAUCUCAAGAACUGAAGAAGAACGCUCUCAAGAAGUUAUUCUUUCCAAUCUAGUAGAUAUGCUCCAAUUUCCCCUUUCAGAAAUCAUAAGGCCAAAAGAUUUGAAAGACUACGUUGGUCAGCAACAUUUAGUUAACAAGGGGCCAAUAGAGAAUUUUGUAAGACUCGGAUAUCUUCCUUCUAUGAUUUUAUAUGGACCACCAGGGGUUGGUAAAACGACCAUUGCUUCCAUUUUAGCAAAAGAAGGACGUUAUGUCCUACUUGAGUUAUCAGCAACAGAUACUACCAUCGCAGAACUUAGACUGCUUUACGAUAUUAUUAAACAAGAAAAGUCCAGAAGAGAAAGACUAAAUAUUGAACGUCUAAGGGUCGCCAUUUUCAUUGAUGAAAUUCAUAGGCUCACUAAGGUUCAGCAGGAUUUUUUACUUCCGUUUAUCGAAUCUGGAAUUUUCUCGUUUAUAGGUGCAACAACAGUAAACCCGAAGACUAGAAUACGACCCGCAAUUUUAUCAAGAUGUCAAAACUACCAACUUAAAGCUUUAACGCUGGAAGAAGUUAGGUUAGUCGUUCAAAGGGCUCUUGUUUAUGAAAAUAUCAAGAGAAGGUUGCUUUAUAGUUCAAACCCCCUACAUUUGGAUGAUGAAUGUUGCAAUCUUAUCGUUACUGAAGCAAAUGGAGAUACGAGGCAAGCAAUUAAUUUGGUUGAGCUAGUGAGCAAUUAUUAUUUGGAUCCGAAGCUUGAUGGUUCCACAAAUGGAUCUGAAAAGUGCAUCGUGGGUAUAGAGUCAUUGAGAGAUGUUAUUGGUUCAAUAAGAAGCGUUCAAUCUGGGCUUCGUGACAUUGAAAGUAUACCUUUAUUUUUGGACCUAUUUGAUUCCAUGAGACUUUUAGACAAUACUGAGAGAAUAAAAGAACCAUCUCGACUGAUGUCAAAUAAUUUUGAGCACCAAUACUUAUACACCAGUGAUGAUCAAGAUGCUCGCUUGCUAGACAAGUUUCUCGAAGAUAUGAAGAAAAAAGGAGCUGAGGACGGUUUAUAUUCGAAAAUUUCUAACACAUCUAUGACCCCAAAUGUUCUGAUCGAGAAACCAUCAAACAACUCACUAAUAAUUAAAAUAAAAUUUUGUCAAACUGAGAGGAAUCUAAGCUUGCCUUCAUCGCCAGUACUAGAUGUCGGUCAUCCGCAUUCGCUGGAUCAUUCCCUUUAUCUGACAGAUACUUCUGACUUCGACGAUAGAUAUAGGCAUAAAGAAUCAACUUCCGAUAUUGAAGACAAUCUUUUUCUUCAGAACUUCAAAUCUACAUAUAUUCCUGGUGAUGAUCAGGAAUCGACGUAUCUCAGGCAGAUGCAGGUUUCAGAUGACAGUGAUCUCGAAAGUUUGCUGUUUGACAGCGACCCAAUUGCAUCAGUUUAUGACCUUGACAGAGUUUCUAGAGAAGACUUUUUCGCCAUGAGGUCAUUAACUGCUGUUAUUUCUUUAUUAAAUAGAGGUGAAUCUCCGCUCUUUAUUGGUAAAAAGCUCAUCUUAUUUGCGUGUCUUUAUUUGGAGUCAAGUAAUUCGCAUCUUGGAGAAAUUCUUGCCAUGAUAAAAUCAUUGAAGUAUACUUCCUCUGAUCCCGAGAAAGUCUUGGCCAAUUGCAUUGAGUCAUUGGUUAGAGCUCCCAAGAAAGUCAUGUCUUUGCAGAACGACCUUACUAAGCAGUUACGUGUUUUAAAAUCAUUUUGGCGGAAUCAAGCUCCCAAAUAUAUGUCCCAGAACAAAGAGAUGCUACUCGAUGAUAUACUUGAAAAGUUCGAUAUCUUGACAGACGAUGAAACAAUUGAGACAUCCAUAGAACGUGAGUCAAGUGUCACGUCUAUUGGUUGUAAAUUUGAAAUUCGUAGUAUUGAUUCGAGCGAAGAAUCUGACAUAUUUUUAGGUAUUGCCUCGGAUGAGGAGCCGAAGUUUUGA